AUGUCCGAAAACACUACCAGUGCAGUCGAUGAUGAUGACUCUAGUCAGACCCAAUCAAUCACACCUCAUUUGGCCGAUGAGCCUGUCAAAGAGAAGUGGCAUCCCCGGUCCUCACCGGCGGACUGCAAGCAGGUGACAGUGACAUGGCAGCAACUGUCGGUGCAUGUUCCCGCCUCCGAGGCAGUCCAAGGCGAUACCCUCUGGUCGGACGUUGAUCCCAGGAAUUGGAUACAGAGCUUUCGAAAAAGUCGAGAAAGUACAAUUCUUCAUGACAUGACCGGUCAGGUGCGACCGGGAGAAAUGCUGCUGGUCCUCGGGCGUCCCGGUGCGGGUUGUACAUCGCUGCUUAAAAUGCUGGCCAACGACAGGGACGGGUUUGACAAGGUGGAUGGAUCGGUCCACUUUGGAAGUAUGGACCACAAGGAGGCCCUCAAGUUCCGGCAGCAGUUUAUGUUCAACAACGAAGAUGACGUCCAUUUUCCCACUUUGACGGUGGAUCAAACCAUCAAGUUCGCCCUCCGCAAUAAGACGCCCGCACAAAGAGAGGAAGGCACGACCCGGGAGGAAUAUGUCGAGCGAGUCCGAGACGAGAUUUUGGGAUCAUUGGGUAUCCUCCAUACCAAGAAGACGCUUGUGGGUAAUGAGUUUGUCCGCGGUGUGUCUGGUGGAGAGCGAAAGCGUGUCUCCCUUGCUGAAGUCAUGGCGGGUCAAAGUCCUGUACAAUGCUGGGAUCAAUCAACCCGUGGUCUUGACGCCAGCUCCGCCCUCGAUUUCGCCAAGAAUCUUCGCCGCUUUGCCGAUGAACAGCGAAAGACAAUGAUUGCCACUUUCUACCAGGCAGGUAACGCCAUUUACGAUCAAUUUGACCAAGUGCUGGUGCUUGCUAGCGGACAUGUCAUCUACUAUGGUCCACGCCGACAGGCGCGUCAAUAUUUCGAGGAAAUGGGAUUUGUCUGUGGUCGUGGAGCCAACAUCGCCGACUUUCUCACCUCUGUCACUGUCCCCACGGAGCGCACUAUAAAAGCUGGCUUUGAGGAGAAAAUUCCCAAGAACGCUGCAGAAUUCUCGGCUCAGUACAAAGCCAGUAACAUAUACAAGGCGAUGGUCGAGGGGGUCAUACUACCACAGGAACUGGAGGAUGAGACUCGAUCUUUCAAAUCUCACGUCGCUCAUGAAAUUAAGGGCGGCGACGUAAAUGUCAGAAACCCUUAUACUGCGUCGCUCUGGAACCAAAUCAUCGCGUGCACUAUUCGACAGAGCCAGAUUAUCUGGGGUGACCGUAUUUCGCUCGGGGUGAAAGUCGCCUCGGCUCUUAUUCAAGCACUCGUGUCUGGAAGUCUUUUCUACAAUCUUUCUGAUACCAGCUCUUCUACCUUCCUUCGACCCGGCGCCCUCUUCUUUCCUCUGAUGUAUUUCUGUAUGCAAUCUCUCUCAGAAACCACGUCGUCUUUCAUGGGACGGCCUAUUCUUGGUCGACAGAAACGAUUUGCAUUUUAUCGGCCUACUGCAUACUGUAUUGCCAGUGUGAUCACGGAUAUUCCUGUCGUCUUCUUCCAGGUAACCGUGUUUACGAUCGUAUACUACUGGAUGUGUGGCUUUCAGGCAAACGCCGGAAAGUUUUUUACUUUCUGGAUUGUUGUCAACGCUUCCACGCUCUGCUUCCUUUCCUUUUUCCGCGCUAUUGGAGCCAAUUGCACUAAAUUCGGCAACGCCUCCAAAGUCUCGGGAUUUCUGACAACCAUCAUGAUGAUUUACACGGGCUAUCUGAUCCCUUUCCAGAAGAUGCAUGUCUGGUUCCGAUGGAUCUUUUGGAUCAACCCGGCAUCUUACGCAUUCGAGAGUGUAAUGGGCAACGAGUUUGGAGGAUUGACAAUGGACUGCGUCGCUCCUCAAUAUGUGCCUUACGGAUCUGGAUAUCCUAGCGGUGAGGAGUACCGUGGUUGCACCAUUGCCGGUGCCUCUGGAGAUACGAUCAGUGGAGCAAACUACAUUCAUGCGGAAUACCACUACUCUAUCCACCACGUUUGGAGAGGAUUCGGUGUGGUUGUUGGAAUGUGGAUCUUCUUUGCGUUCCUCACAGCUUUUGGCUUUGAACGUCUCCGCAGCCAGGGAACAUCUUCGUAUCUUGUCUUCAAGCGUGGUUGCCACGGCGCAAAUCAUGAUGAGGAAGACCUUGCUACCACCCCCGCAGCCCAAGGAAAGUCAGAGCCGGACCAUGACCUGCCAAAACAGGCCAUUUUUACUUGGGAUCAUCUAGACUACUAUGUCAACUACCACGGCUCGAAGCUCCAGUUACUGAACCAAGUCUUUGGCUAUGUCAAGCCCGGGAGUCUGGUGGCGCUUAUGGGGUGCUCGGGUGCAGGAAAAACGACCCUUCUAGAUGUUCUUGCUCAGCGCAAAGACUCUGGAGAGAUCACGGGCUCAAUUCUCGUGGAUGGAAAGCCUCAAAAUAUCAGUUUUCAGCGUACUACCGGCUACUGCGAGCAGCUUGAUAUUCAUGAGCCGUCAGCUACCGUGAAAGAAGCCCUUAUAUUCUCAGCCCUACUGCGUCAAAAUGCCGAGACACCUAGGCAAGAGAAAAUUGACUAUGUGGACAAAAUUAUUGAUCUGCUUGAGCUUGGUGACAUUAGUGAUGCUCUGAUAGGAGUCCCGGGUGCCGGAUUGAGCAUUGAGCAGCGAAAGAGAGUCACACUUGGUGUUGAAUUGGUUGCCAAGCCUUCCUUGCUUCUGUUGGACGAGCCGACAUCAGGUCUUGACGGACAAUCUGCAUUCAAUAUUGUCCGCUUUAUGCGGAAACUUGCUGAUGCAGGACAGGCUGUUUUGGUGAGUAUUGACUUGAGCUUCCUGAUGAGCCUCACGCUUAUGAAAAUUCGGCAGUGCACUAUUCAUCAGCCUUCGGCCUCUCUUUUCGAUGCUUUUGACUAUCUUUUGUUGCUCGCAAAGGGGGGGAAAAUGACGUACUUUGGCGAGACGGGAACGGGCUCUGAUAUCAUCUUGGACUAUUUUGCACGGAACGGAGCACCUUGCCCAGAAAAUGCGAACCCGGCAGAGCAUAUUGUCGAUGUCGUGCAAGGCAGACUUGAUCCUGCAGUGGAUUGGAACCAAAUUUGGGAGUCGUCGGACGAAUGUCGGACUGCGCUCCAAACUUUGGAAGACCUCAAAGCCAAGGCAGCGGCAGAUGCGACGGAAGAAACGGAUCUUACUGACUAUGCAACAUCCAAAACGUAUCAGCUCCAGUUGGUCCUUGAAAGACAGAUGGUUAAACUUUGGAGAAGCCCGGAUUAUAUUUGGAACAAAAUCGCCCUACAUGUUUUCGCCGCCCUUUUCAGUGGUUUUACUUUUUGGAAGAUCGGCCUGUCGAUACUCGACCUUCAGCUUCGUCUUUUUGCAAUCUUCAACUUUGUUUUUGUUGCUCCUGGCGUCAUCAAUCAACUGCAACCAUACUUCCUGCAGAAUCGUGAUAUUUUCGAGACUCGUGAGAAGAAGGCAGGUGGAAACUCGAAAACAUACCACUGGAUCGCAUUCAUCGGUGCUCAAGCUAUCUCGGAAAUGCCGUACCUUGUCAUCUGCGGCACACUCUAUUUCCUCUGCUGGUACUUCACUGUGGGCUUCCCGAGCUUGCCUUCUAUCUCUGGACAUAUGUUCUUCCAGAUGAUUCUCUACGAAUUCCUGUACACUCCAAUCGGUCAAGCCAUUGCUGCGUAUGCGCCAAACGAAUAUUCCGCCUCACUUGUGAACCCGCUCGUACUUGGAGCAGGACUUAUUGGUUUCUGUGGAGUCGUUGUUCCUUACGAUUCGAUCAAUGUUUUCUGGCGUUACUGGAUGUACUAUCUUGAUCCCUUCACCUAUCUCAUCGGCGGUUUGCUUGGGGAGGUCCUCUGGGAUACCCCUGUGAAAUGCGCCGAAAAUGAGUGGGUAAAUAUCAGCCUCCCGAGCAAUGAGACCUGCCAGUCUUAUAUGCAAAAUUUCAUUGACACUGCAGGAGGAUAUGUGCGCGACGGCGCAUCCAAAACCUCGUGCGAAUACUGUGAGUACGCGGUCGGGUCGCAGUACGCACCACAAUUCAAUUUGAAAGCCAAAUACUAUUCCUGGAGAGAUACCGGAAUUACCGCACUCUUUUGCAUUACCACCUAUAUUUGUGUUUUCCUCAUGAUGAAACUUCGCAGCAAGAAGACCAAAACUGCUCGCUCUGAAUAG